GAAAUACAGGGAGGGAGAGGGAAGAGGAAAAUCCAGGGGGAAAAUGCACCGGAGAUCAGGCAGGGAUUGCUCAGAGUCCCUUUGCCGUUGCCUUCAUCCAGGCCUUGGAGCAGAUUUCAGGAGGGUUGGGGAGCAUCGAGAGGCCACGAUGGGAGAUUUAAAUUAUUAGAUGCUCUUGCUGAUCUGGUUCUGACGCACAAAUGCCUCAGUGGAUCCCCCUCUGACGUAAAACCACAGAGCGUCGUGACACCUUCCAGACAAUGCAAAGACCACGAGACGACCCAGAUUGUCGCCAGAUCCUGCGCACAGAUCUGUAGGCGCAGACCAUCCCCCGAUUCAAUCUAGUUUGUUAAGAAAAUUCCCAAACCCGGAUCCACGGGUGGCUUUGGGUCAUUUCUCUAAGAAAAUGCACUGCCAUCUCUGCCCCUUCUGAAUUCGCCAGCUGCUUCUCUUUGCUGCAGAUCCGGGUUGUCCACCUUAGUUCACUCUGGAACUCCAACCCUGAAAGGAGAAUGACUGACACAGAGGAAGCGCAGGAUCAUCUGGUUUUCCUGACAGGAGAGGGAGACGUCAAAAUCAAGGAAGAAAAGAGCGGUGAAGAGCUACAGGAUCGCCUGGCAAGAGAAGGAGACAUCGAAAUCGAGGAGCAAAAGAGAAGCGAAGAUCUGCUGAGAGAGAUCGAAGCGGAGAGGAUGACGAUUGUCAAGGAGUGGAAGGAGAUGCAUCAGGUUCUUGACGAACAGCAGCAGGUCCUGCUGAGCUGGCUAAAGAACGAGGUUCUCCAAGUCUCCAGGGAGACUUCCCCCCACAGUGAACCAGGAAGGGAAAAGGCACAGCAGCCGUUGCCGGGUUUACACAGCACUGGCCACAGAGACGAUACAUUCUUCCCGAAACCACAGCCGGAUUUGGGGGAACUGGAGCAGAAGCUGAGCGAUUUCUCCCACAAAAGGGCUGCUUUGCUGAAAACGCUUCUGGCAUUCAAAGAAAAUCUGCAUCUGGAGUUGAAGAAGAAUGGAGCAGGAGAAGGGCAGGUGAGCAAAAUGGAGGAUGAGAAACUUCCUGAAUCAGAAGCAGCUUCUGAGGGUGAACAUGGCUCAGAAAGAGAGCAGAGGAAGUGUCUGGACAAAGGGGAGGCGGGGAAAUCUGUUCCCUGUGAAGAAAACAACUGUGACCUUGAUGGGCACAAAAUUCAGCCAAGGACACAACAGGUCAAGAAGCAGAAGAUGUGUGGCAUGUACAGGAAGAGCUUCAGCCAGAAGUCAAACCUUAUCACACACCAGAGAACCCACACGGGCGAGAAGCCAUACAAGUGCGCAGAUUGCGGGAAGACCUUCCGCUUCCGCUCCAACCUCAUUACGCACAAGAGGAUCCACACAGGGGAGAAGCCCUUCAAGUGCCCGCUUUGCGGGAAGGGCUUCAGCAACCAGUCGGGCCUCUUCAGCCACAAAGGGACUCAUCGGGAAGAGAAGCCGUACAAGUGUGCCGAGUGCGGCAAGGGCUUCAGCAGGAGACCGAGCCUCAUUGUCCAUGAGAGAAUCCACACAGGGGACAAGCCGUACAAGUGCCCCGACUGCGGAAGAAACUUCAGCCAGAUUUCGGGCCUGAUUGCGCACGAGCGGAGCCACACGAAGGAGAAGCCGUUCAGAUGCGUGGUUUGCGACGGGUGCUUCAGCCAUGCCUCUCACCUCGCUCUGCAUGAGAUGACCCACAUGGAACAGAAGGCAUUUGAGUGCCUGGACUGCGGGGAAAGCUUUGGCCGGAAACUGGACCUCACUGCGCACCGCCGGAACCACACGGGGGAGACAUCGUACGAGUGUGCGUACUGCAGGAAGCGCUUCAGCCAGCGGCCUAGCCUGCGUGCCCAUGAAAGGACCCACUUGAAGAAGCUCUACCCAUGUGUUGAAUGCGGGAAGAGCUUCCGGAGCAGCUCCAACCUCAAGUCCCACAAAAGGACCCACGUCGGAGACAAGCCCUACAAGUGCUCAGCGUGUGGGAAAAGCUUCAAGUGGAGCUCCAACCUCAUUGCCCACGAAAGGGCCCACACUGGAGCAAAGCCUUACAGGUGCUCGGACUGUGGGAAAAGCUUCAAAGGGAGCUCAGAUCUUAGCAGACAUCAGAGAAUCCACACAGGAGAGAACUUGUGAGCAGCCCAAUUAUUAGGAAAAGUUCUUUUAAAUAAAUAGUGGUUUUGCACAGUG